UAAUUAAUUAAACAUCAUGUCUUGUAGAGGCCAUUGGAGGCCAGCUGAAGAUCAAAAACUCAAGGAACUGGUUGAUCGUUAUGGCCCUCACAAUUGGAAUGCCAUAGCUGAAAAACUACAUGGACGAUCAGGGAAGAGUUGUAGAUUGAGAUGGUAUAAUCAAUUGGAUCCAAGAAUAAAUAGAACUCCUUUUACCGAAGAAGAGGAAGAGAGGCUUCUAGCUUCACACGGAAUUCAUGGUAACAAAUGGGCUAUGAUCGCUAAAGCAUUUCCUGGUCGUACAGAUAACGCUGUAAAGAAUCAUUGGCAUGUUAUCAUGGCUCGGAGAUGCAGGCAGCAGCAAGCACACAAGUCCAAGAUGGUCUACUCGAGUAAUAAUAAUAAUAAUAAUAUUAGAGGUUCUAUUCAUGGUGAGAAAUCUUCUUCAUCAUCGUCAAGCAGGCAAGAUGAUCAUGUGGAUAGAUUAACUAUGACUUGCAAUGGUAUCCUUGAUCAUAUCAUGAUGAUCAGGAGAUCUAAUCACUUGGAUCCCACCUUUGGAAUUAGAAAUGAUCUUGCAGGUGUUCAGAGAUCAUUGGCAGACAAUAUACAUUGUUCCCCUCUUUUUGUCCAAACCAUCCCUUAUGGGAAGAAGAAGAAAAGAAAGCAUCAUGAUCAAAAUGAAGAUUAUGAGUUCCACAACUUCCUGCAAGUACACGACGACUCGAGCUUUAAUAUCGCAAUGGCUGACCAGAACACCAAAAGAAGCGAACGAGAGGUAGAAGUGGGACAAUUAAAUUCAUCAGGAGAGCAAGAAAAUGAAGUUUGCAACCAAUUCAUUGAUUUCUUAUCGGUUGGAAGUCCUUCAAAGUGUAACUAGUGCCUCUUGUAUAUAUUGAAGAAUAUACACCAGAAAAUAAUGUCUACUGAUAUUAGUAAUACAAGAGGUAAAGAAAACUAACUGAUUAAGUCAUGAGGAUAUGGAGAAGCAUGCAUGUAAUUGAGACAAUAAUGUUUUCAUACAAUGCAUUUACUUGAGUUUUGCUCGACAAUUCUUGCUUACUUGGCUUUUUUAUCUACACAAUAGCAAAGAAAAUAUAUUAUUAUUUUGAA